CGGGCACCCGGACCCACCGCGGGGGCACCGGCGGCGCCCGGCAGCAGCAGGAGGAUGACCCAGCAUGGCUGAGGAGAGCCGGCCCAGCUCGCUGGCCUUUGGCCAGGUGGUGAUCGGCCCCCCGGGCUCGGGGAAGAGCACCUACUGCCAGGCCAUGCGGGAGUUCCUGGCGCGGCUGGGCCGCCCCGUGGCCGUGGUGAACCUGGACCCUGCCAACGAGGCCCUGCCCGGGCCCUGCGCCCUGGACAUCGGCGAGCUGGUCACCCUGCCCGACGUGAUGGGCAGCCUGGGGCUGGGCCCCAACGGGGGGCUGCUCUACUGCAUGGAGUACCUGGAGGCCAACGCCGACUGGCUGCGGGAGCGGCUGCGGGCGCUGCGCGGGCACUACCUGCUCUUCGACUGCCCCGGGCAGGUGGAGCUCUACACCCACCACCAGGCCCUCAAGAACGUCUUGGCCCAGCUGGCCAAGUGGAAUUUCAGGCUGGCUGCCGUGCACCUGGUGGACUCCCACUACUGCACAGACCCCGGCAAGUUCAUCUCCGUGCUCUGCACCUCGCUGUCCACCAUGCUGCACGUGGAGCUGCCCCACGUCAACGUCCUCUCCAAGAUGGACCUGAUCGAGCACUACGGGAAACUGGCUUUCAACCUGGAUUAUUACACCGAGGUGCUGGACCUCUCUUACCUCGUGGACCACUUGGCCUCCGAUCCCUUCUUCAGGAAUUUCCGCCGCCUCAACGAGAAGCUGGUGGAGGUGAUUGAGGACUACAGCCUGGUGUCCUUCGUGCCCCUCAACGUCCAGGACAAGCAGAGCAUGAGGCAGGUGCUGCAGGCUGUGGACAAGGCCAAUGGAUAUUCCUUCGGGGAGCGGGAGCAGCGCAGCCUGCAGGCGCUCAUGUCGGCGGCUGUGGGCGCCGACUUCCACUUCUCCUCCACCCUGGCAGUGCAGGAGAAGUAUGUGCAAUCUCAGGACAAAGCUGUGGAAGAGGAGGUGAUGGAUCUGUGACACGCCCUUCCCCGGCUCCUCUGUUUUCACACCUCUCCUUUUCCUACCCGGAGCUUCGGCUGUGACUCAGAGCCACUGGAAACCUUUCCAGGCAGCGUCUGGACCCUCUCUGGGUGGGUUUGACCCCCUGAGCUUCAGGCCUCCUGCCCAGAGCAGGGCUUUGGCAGAAGGGAGGUGGCCGAGGGUCUUCCCUUAGGAACAGAGAGAUUGAGCCAGGGAAGGCAGGGAGAGCAAGGAAAAGCAGCGAGAUAAGGUUUCCCCCAUCAUGACCAAGACAGAUCCAGAGAAGAAAAACCAGCAGGAGCUGCCCGGUGUGCAGUGAGAGUGGAGGCAGCAGGCCUGGGUGUGCUGCAGGAGGAGCGUGCAGGGGCCCCACACUCCCGGCAGAAUCCAGGCCAGCACGCCUCCACGCCGUCCCGAGGACAGAAAGAUGUUUGUUUUUCUUUUUCUUAGAAAUAAUGAUGGACUCUUUCUUAAUAAAACGCUCCUCGGUCUCACUUUCA